AUGACCACCCCAGAGAUCCUGCUCCAUCUUGACGACCGAGAUGACCGAUAUCUUGCCGAAGCCGGUGGUCUACCCGAAACUCCGGGUCUAAAGUCAAAUCACCUUCCUCUCAAAGCGGCUCACAUAUUGUCAACAUCUGCGACGGACCCGGAUAUCAGAGAGGUCCUGACCGCGUUCAAUUCAAUUGUGGAAAAUAACAAUGCCGACACCCGUCGUCGACUGCGUGCCCAGACCCUCCAUGAGCUUGCUAGUAGCAAUACACAGGUCAUCCAGGACUUUGGGCUCAUAGCUGAGCAAGUACGGUUUAUCGGGGAUGCUUUGCAAGGAAUACAUGAAACCUUCAACGACGUUACAACUAGAGUUGAAAAUGGUGCCGUGGAGAUCGGUUCUGUCGUACAAGAGGGUGAAGUGAUGCUAAGUGACAGAGAGCGGGUUCACAGGAAGGAAGCUUUACUUCAGGCUUUCCUACAGAAGUUUACUCUACCCGUAGCGGAUCUGGCCAAUAUUACUUCCUCGCCCCAAUCGCUUGACGAUGACUUCUUCGAUACAUUAAUCAGGGUCAAGGGCAUACAUUCGGAUUGUCAAGUGCUAUUAGGUUCCGAGAGUACUCGUGCAGGGGUCGAGAUCAUGGACCAGAUGACCAGGAACCUCAAUUCAGCAUACCAAAGGGUUUACCUGUGGCUGCAAAGGGAGCUCAAGUUCUUAUCCUUUGAGACACCCACAGGAAAUCACCGGGUACGAAAGGCUCUUGACGUUCUCACAAGCCGCCCAGCACUUCUACAGAGCUGUAUUGACACUCUAGCAGAGUCCCGACAACGAACUCUUACUGAGUCAUUCAAUGUCGCUUUAACAGGAGGCAAUGGUAGAUCAAUAGAUAAACCAAUUGACUUGAUGGCCCACGACCCCAUACGCUACAUUGGAGAUAUGCUCGCCUGGCUUCACUCAGCUCUCGUUAGCGAAGUCGAAGCGCUACAGGCCAUAUUUGAGCUCGCUCCCGGUGACGAGUCUCGGGGCGGUCUGGCAGAAGAAGGCUUGGAAUCUUUACUUGAGACCGAGACUCGACUCAAAGAUCAUGUGCGCCCGCUAGCCGACAAAUCGCUCGAGGCUGUUCUUUCGACGUUCAGGUAUCGGACAGAGCAAGUUAUAUCCAGCCACGAGGAGCCCACACUGUUAUAUGGAAUUCUAAAUAUUUUGAUGUUUUAUCGUGAAACGUUCAAGAAACUUCUGGGUCCUGAUGCUGCUCUCGUUGCUGCUAUCGAUGGCCUUAUAUCAACAGCAACACGUCAACUCCAGAGUUGUCUACGGGACUUGGUUAGAUCCGUUCAGCACGACUUACCCUCGGCGACACAGGACCUAUCGCCUCCUAUAUUUUUAAUCGAUGCUUUAGCCAGAUUCAAAGAUCUCAUUAAAAGCUUUGAGGCAUCUUUAAUAUCUGAUGAUUAUAAACCCCAGGCAUUCGACAUGAUAUAUUCUGAAGCGUUGCACCCAUAUAUCCAAGGUUGCCAGACUCUUUCAAAAGACUUGCCGACUUUGGAAUCACAUAUUUUCAUGGUAAAUUGCUUAGAAGUGUCGAAGAAUACCAUGAGGUUAUCAACUUAUGGCACGGAAAACUAUAUUCAUCACCUUGACAGAGAUGUUGACCAGCAUGUAGCAGCAAUUGUAGACCAGCUGCAUGAUUACCUCCUGACUGCAUCGGGUCUUGCAAUUUUGUUGGAUACCGGAAAUGAUGAGGAACCCUUUGACAGUGGCGCAGUAACGGAAGCUAUUUUGUUGGAAUGUUCACAGCAGCUAGAUGAAUUUCUUCCUAGUGCGAUGAUCGAUGCCGAGUCUCGUCUCAUCUACCUGUCGCGGCCUUCGCUCAAGAAAAGUAUUAUUCGGGCAUCUUUGGAUAGGUUUGUCAGCGAUUUCGCUCGGGUCGAAGCAGCGCUGGAAGACCUACCCCCCACGGUGUUUGCGAGGGAGUCAUUCCCGAGAACGACGCAGGAGAUGGAGAUUCUUCUAGGAUAA